UGGUCAUCGCUAUCUCAGUGUCAUGGCGUCCAAAAAUUCGUCUGGUGAUCAGCUGCUCCAAAAUUUAUCAAUUAAUGACGACACUGAGGCAGCCGUACAACAUUUGAGCGAAAAUUAUAUACUUAUAGACAUAUGUGCAAAUCUAGUUAACAAAAAAUACACGAGAGACUUGGACGCUGUUGUGCAGCGAGCGAAAGAAGCUGGCGUUAAAAAGAUGAUAGUCGUGGGCACUUCUGUGCAUACAACGAAAGAAGCACUGAGAUUGACACGUAUGUUUCCUGGGACGCUGUACUGCGCUGCUGGAAUCCACCCUCACGACGCCAAAUCCUGGGAGGACGACACGAUCGACACAUUACGAGAGACUGCAGCCAAUCCUGAAUGUGUGGCAAUCGGUGAAUGUGGCCUCGACUUCAAUAAAGACUUCUCACCACGGGAUACCCAACUUGAGGUCCUCGAAGCACAAGUGAACCUCGCGUGUGAAUUGAAAAAGCCACUCAUACUCCACGAAAGGGAAGCCUUCAACGAUAUGGUCGCCAUCUUGGAAAAGUUCCGGGAACGAUUGCCUCCGACGGUGAUUCACUGCUUCACUGGUUCGCCCGAGCAAGCAAAGAAGUACGUUAGCUUGGGUCUUUGCCUUGGGAUUACUGGAUACAUCUGGAAAGACAAAGGUGGUCUUCGAGAGGCCCUGGAGAAAGGCCUGGUACCUCUAGACCGCAUCCUAUUGGAAACGGACUGUCCUUUCAUGUGUCCCAAUCCUCGUGGCGCAAAACUUACUCCCGAAGUGCGAGGCGCCGUCAGCGCCACCUCCCUUCGACUCCUCGAACGCUACUGCUCCUUCCAGCGGAAUGAGCCCUGUUCUCUGCCUGCAACGCUAGAACUGACGGCGGCAUUUCUGGGCGUUCCGCCGCAGGACUUGGCCCUCAAGUGCACCUACACAGCACUCAAGAUUUUUGGUUUAGACUGAAGGACGUUUUUACAACGUCCUUCUUCUUCUCGUGGGAACGACUCUUACAGUGUAUUCACACGAGUGACAUCUUCACGGAAUAUUCUAGUAGAAGAAAAAGCAAGAGCACUGCUUACAGGGGCGAAGUUCCGCCCCUGUGUUACGUGAGCAUUCGUACGGUGCGGAAUAUUGGGAGUGGCGUGCUGCACGUUUAGCAGACGACACCGUCAUCGUGUUUUUCUGUCGUCUGCUACGGAAUAUUUUGUCUGGCUACGGAAUAUUACGUUUAGCGCUCGCGCUCACGCAGACGCUGACAGCAGAAAGCUAUGACGCUUUUCGCAUCUUCCGCUUCUGGGGGAAAUGUCGCUCGUGCGAAUACACGGUUAGAGGGCCCCUCGUGAGAGUGGGAACACUCUGCACAGGGUUGCCUGUUCUUUUCUCCUGAAAUUAGGACGUAGCCUUAUUGAGAAACGUACAGAAUGGUCUUUGAGAGGUGCAACUCGAGACGUGUCCUUUGCUUUUUCCAGUGUCGGGUUGUUGUCAUGUACUUUUUUUUGUGUCUUAUCUAGGAUUUCAUUCUGCUGUACUAUAGUUGUGUUCAACUUAAGAAGGAAAAGAAAUCUAGUCCGCCACCUUUCAAAAUAUUACCGCGACACAGAUAGGAUGGCUGGGCACAGAGUGGGCAGAGAUCUCACGCUUGCUGUUGGCGCUGUUGGUCCGUAUUCGCUGUUAAGACUGGCCACAUGACACUGCGCUGUGUGGUGGCGCUGCAGUAUUUAUCUUGGCGCACUAAUGAGUCUCCUUAUCAACCAAUGGCAUAUGUAGCUGACGGACUAGAUUUCUUUUCUUUCUUAAGUUGAACACGAGUUUAAAGAGAUUGAGCCACGAUCAAGAAAAAAAUGUUCAAAACACCAAAGAAAUUUUGCAGCUUUUUGAAGAAUUGUUAUACCAAUAAGCAAAGUAGAUGGGGAAGAAAAAAAGGAGGGCAAAGAAAAUUCUGUUUUUGCAAUUGUGCAGGGUACUUCAGAGUGCUCCGACAUGAUGGACAUAGCUCGAAGAUGAGUGAGUAGCACUUUGAACGCCUUGCUUUUAUUUUAUUUAGAGCCUUCCUUUUUCCUUUGCUGAGUAGUUUCUUGCCUGCAUUUCUAGGUUUCCAUACAGGGGUCUUGCCCACUAAUCAGAACAGCAGUGUCAAUACUGUGGUCACUAUUAAGUGUUGCAGGCUUGUCCCUGUGUACACCCACACCCCGUGUUCCACGGGGCCCUUGCGUUCCCAUGAAACAGUGAAACUGGAAAUGAAAAAGUGUUUGGGUUCGCCUGAACCUAGAGCUUUUGCUUGCACAGUGCAUACUACUCAUGGGUAAUCACACAUAUAGUGAAAUACUACGGUGAAUCUUUUUGCUGGAAACAACCACACCUGCAUUGAAUUCAGUCUGUUUCUAUAGUGAGGUUACACUAAAACGUCAGGCCUUAUGACCUUUUGACCCACAGUCCACCAGCACAAACAGUAAAUAAAAUAAUUAAAUUCAGUUCAAAUCUUGAGAGUUAUCUGGCCUCUUGAAGCUAAUCUAAGUUUGUCUAUUAUGAAUGUAUAUAUCUAAUAUGAGAGUAAUCUAACCUACUCUCGGCAGACAAUGCAGUAUAGUGCCUAAGUCACCUGAAUUACCUUUACCUGCAAAACAGGAUUUUUUUUUGUGCACGGGCCGAAACCAAAGUCGAAUAAUAAAUGCCCUCCGAAACAUACGUUUAGUGAUACAGAUGUAAAAGACAUUGUCGAUUGGUGAACUGAUAUAUGAUGUGAUGAUAUGAUGCCGGUGGAUAUGAUACUCAUGUGCUUCUUUGAAUACUGUUGAAUGUGAUGCAGUACUUGCAUACAGUGUGACUGUUCUUGACAGAAUACCUAUGCACUUGCAUAACUACCACACAUUUUUUACAAAAAAAAAAUGUAGUCCUAUAAACAGGGUGCGAUAAUUUGGAGGGGACAAGAUAUGGAUUUCAACCGUCAGGGUACACUUAACUACCAUUCCUUUCCAAAGAGUUCGGGUAAGCAUUGUUGGAAUCUUGAAUUAAUAUGCGGGGAGAAGCAACAACAUUGGGCGCCCAAGCUGAGUGUGCCUUAAUUAUUCGACUACGGUAACAUUAGCGUGGUAGAAUAUCGUUCACCAAUGAAGUGGUCGGUGGGCAGACGUUAACAACACCGGCUGCAGUAAGGGCUACACAAACAGACAUUUGCAUUUCUAUGUCAUCCUUCCUGCGCUUGGUGUUGUAAUUUCAGGGUUUGAUGUUUCUCAUUGAUGACCACAUUCUCAAAUGCACUGAAGCUUAAUCGGACUGUGAAACUUAAUUGGAUCAGUUCCACAUACUUAACUGACAACUCUGAGGAAUUUGGAGACAGAUCAGUACGUGUGUGUCUCAUUACGAAUGUCAACUAGCAUUAUUUGCCUAAUACUACUUUACCUGGAUUCACCGUGAACUUUCUUACUAAUGACAUCCAUCUCCUGAGUUUUAACGGGCUUUCUCAAUAUAUAUAUACUCCUUGCAAACUACGGUCUUUACUAGACCGCAGCUAACCUAACAGUGCAAUAGAGUGCAGCGAAACCUAAAGCAGCUGCACAUAUUGCCAAGGUGCUUAUCGACAUGUCUCCACUUCAGUUCGUGGUGAAUUAGUUUUACCUCCCUGCAGCUGGAUGAGCUAUUCACGGUGCUGAUUUUAUAUGCGUCUAUUACUGCAUUUGCUGUAGAACUUUUGUCCACCGUAACUUUGGCAAAGUGCCGCGACGCACUUAAAAGAUUAUUGUUACACUAAUCACAAAUCAGUCAAAUAAUUAAUCCGCGUUACGCGUUCUGAUGGUACAAUAACUGAUACGUUGCGUACCAUCAGUGUGUGCAGCUCUAUUUAAUGUUGUUAGCGUGAAUAGUGGAAUAGCUUUUGUGUAAGGCUUUGUCUUUCAAAUGGAAUGCCAACUUGUGCCUCAUAUUUAUACCUUCUCAAGUGCCUUCUAUUUAUGAAGUGCUCAAAGUUGAUGUUGAUGUGCUUGUGUUGUGAAAUGUUAAUCUCAAGGUUUUGCAGUGUGCCUUUAUGUGAGCACAUGCAGCUAGCAGACAUGAUUCAGAAGCUGCAAUUUCAGAACAUGUCGUAGAACUGCAAAACCUAUUCAGUGUGCUGAUGUGCCGAGAAAGAGUGAAAGCUUUUAUGAAGAACACACAUCUUAGAAGAAUGUCAUCUAUUUUUUGUUUGUUGUGCAACAAUGUUUGGAAGAUUUUAUGUCACGUGGCCACGAGUAUUUAAUGGCUGGUUUAAUAAAAACAUUCUCCUCGAGAAGAUACCUCACAUGGAUUGUUUUGAAAAAGUAAGAGUGAUUAAAAAAAUAAUUCCCAUUUUACAGUUUUUA